AUGUCGCGUCACGACCCGCCACCCUGGCGCGGCGACGAGAGAGACCGGGGCGGCGGCGACAACUACCGGCCGCGUCCUCGCAGAGAUCGAGAGCCUUCGCCGCGGGCCGACUCGUGGCGACGCUCGGAUCGAAGCCUGCACCAGAAGCGAGGCUACGAUUCGUACCGGUCGUCGGCCCCCGGCUCGUACCGCGCCGGCGACUCGCACGAACCCUACCGCUUCACGCCCGUCGCCGGACCGCCCUCUGGCAGGCCCGGCCCGCGCAGGGAUCACCGUGGGCCGCCGCGCAAGCCUGGCCGCCCGUACUGGAGGCCGCCGCACCCGUCGGAGCGCGCCCUCGUCUCGGCCGACAUGCUGCUCCUCCCCGCCGAGCGCGUCCACGAUCCGCUGGCGGCCGACAAGUUUCGCCGCCUCGACGACCUGUCCGACAGCGACGAGGUGGCCAUGGAGAUUUCCUCGCAGGAGUCGCAGUCCGACGCCGAAGGUCGAGCGCGGAAGCGUGCACGCACGGACCGGGAGGAGCAGGCCGAAGGGGACGCGAGCGCCGCGCCCAGGUGGUCCAACCCAGACCCCUACACGGCACUUCCCUGCCCCGACGAGUCGACGCGCAAGAAGCGCGACAUGGUCAAGCUCAUCCGCAAGGCGCGCGUCGAAGACGUCGCCUCGAGCAAGGCCGCCGCCGCGCCGCCCAAGGCCGAGGACUACAUCGCCAUCGACCUGUCGAGCGAAGGGGAGGGCGACGACGAACGACGCCCCUCGACGGAGCCCGCCUCUCGUCUGGCCACCGCCUCGCAGUCGGAGCGUCAUCGGCCGGCCGCCGGCAACGGCUACGAAUCGGCGCCGGUGCGCGACGGUCCGCUCGGUUCACGCAAGCGCACGGCACAUGACGAGAUUAAGCCUCCCGACUACGGCCAGCUGAAGCGUGCCAGCAUGAAGCCGUCCAAGGGUUUGCUCGUGCCGAGCUGGGCUCCCAAGGAAGGCGAGGAGCCUUGCCCGUGGGCGACGGUGGAUCAUACGGAAGACCUUCACAUGACCAUUCGGUGCGUCGUCUCCCCCCUCUCCCCCUUCCCGGCCACGCUCGCCGCCCUUUGCCUGUCCGUCGGCCCAUCCGUCCAUCCGUCGGCCCUGCCGCUUGUCCUUGCGCCAGCCUGGCUAACGUCUCCCGCCAACGGCAACAGGCUGCACAAGGAGAUUGUCGACUUUUACGAGUACGUGCGGCCGAGAGAGUUUGAGCAACGCAUCCGUGCCGAGCUCGUCGACAACAUCCGGAGAGCGAUGCAGCGCGACGGACGCACCUUUACCUCGUUCGAGAUCCUUCCCUUUGGCUCCUACAUGUCGGAGCUCUACCUCCCCACCUCGGACAUGGAUCUCGUCGUCUGCUCGGCGGCGUACCUGAGGAACAACUGGCACAAGACGAGCAACAUCAAGAGCCUGCUGUACAAGUUUCGCAACGUCAUCACGACGCAGGGCAUCGCGAACCGCGAAUCGAUCGAGGUCAUCGCCCACGCCCGCAUCCCCCUGGUCAAGUUUGUCGACAAGCGCACCGGCUUGAAGGUCGACGUCUCCUUCGAGAACAUUGGCGGCGUCCACGCCGUCGACACCUUCCUCGCCUGGAAGAAGGACUAUCCGGCCAUGCCCAUCCUCGUCACCGUCAUCAAGCACUUUCUCCUCAUGCGCGGCCUCAACGAGCCCGUCAACGGCGGCAUCGGCGGCUUCUCCGUCAUCUGCCUCGUCGUCAGCAUGCUGCAGAUGCGGCCCGACGUGCAGAGCCGCAGCAUGAAGGCCGAGCACCACCUCGGCGAGCUCCUCCUGCACUUUUUCGAUCUCUACGGUCGUUACUUCAACUACGAAUCCAACGCCAUCUCGCUCGCACGACCCGUCGGCUACGUCCGCAAGAGCGCCGUGAGGUCCUUUACCUACAAGAACCGCGACCGCUUGUCCAUCAUCGACCCAAACGACGCCGGAAACGACAUCUCGGGUGGCUCCUCGAACACGCCGAGCAUCGUGGCCCGCUUUCACGACGCAUUCCUCACCCUGUCGGAGAGAAUGAGGUACCUGGCCAAGCACCCCGGUCAGGACGUCGGCAGCAUCCUCGAGGUCAUCCUGAAGGGUGACUACUCGUCCUUUCGCCUGCAGCGAGCCUACCUCAAGCACGUGCACGAGGAGUCCAUCGGACCUUGCUCGGACUGA